AUGACAUCACCAAAAAGGGGGAUAAUCUUUGCGGAAGCCCCGGGUCUGCGGAUCAGUGCCCUCCGGUUCGCUUUGCCAGGCGACGAAUCUUCGCCUGCGAUAGAAGGUGUUCAGCAAGGAUUCGUCGAGAAUCAUACUCGUAAACCGGACUCAUCACGCCGGCCUGAUAGUCAUGUAACUGCCCAGCCAAGGUCCGUCGAGGUGAUUCGCAUGGUUCCGGUAAUACGUCAUCUGGCGAUUAACGGAAUCUGCUUCUACGAGGAGGAGGAGGAGGUGGGGAGGUUUAAAAGGAGGAGUGUAGGACGACCAGAUGAAGAAAGUUCUGACGUUUUGUAUCACCCCUCCAAGCGUUGUAAGGUUUGUAAAUUCAAUGAGACCAAUCGGCCACCGCCAAAUUCCUCUUCCAGACGAGCAUUUGCUUCAAUCCCUACUCUCGAUCUUUCCACUCGUCGCUCUCGAGAUGUCACUGCCAGUUCAUUAAGUUUGUCACUCCAGCCCAACCAUUCUCUACCUUUGAGAGUCCACUUUUCUGUUGACGCAAAAUCAAGUAAUAAGACGUUCCAACUGGCAAGACCAAAUCAUGGCCUUCGAUUGGGUCGAAUUCGGGCGCCAAGAGCGAUUUCAACAGAUGCGCCCCGAGACUUGUUUGAACUUAUCCUUGCAGCGGCUGUUACGCUGACACGUGCCGAUUGUGGCCUCAAUCUUCACACGACCUUUCAUCUCUACGGUCGAUUUCGCAUAGGACUCGCCUUCAAACCCAUCUUCACAAGUCCUUCCAUCACAUGGCCGGAGACUGGUAGACGUGACCAUAGCCUGAACCCAGGUCUAGUCCAGACUCGUGCGAAUGGUCUCCUAUUGGCGGUUCGUGGCCGAGCCGAUUAUCUGGCCCUUGAGCUGGUUGACGGCAGGGUCCGACUUGCCUUCGACAUGGGAAAAGGGGCCCAAGAGGCCUGGCUACCUGAUGCCCCGUUUAGGCCGAAUGCCGGAGAACUUAAAGAACGACACAAAGGGGCAGCAGUCAAGGAAGAGUCUGAGGAUAGCUCGGAAAACAAUAAAAGAGAAUCAAAGAAAAUA